UGGGGGUGGGAGUGUCCCGUGCUGAAGCGAGCGCCUGGGGGAGGCGGGGCAGCAGCAGCAUCUCGCGGAUAAAAGGGUCCAGGAGGAUGUUCUGCGCGUGGCUGAGGACGUGUUAGUGGCGUGAUCUCGGCUCGGCCUGAACUGCGUGCUCCCGGUGUUGGGUCCGCGGGCGCUUCUGGUCCCGGUUCGGUGCUUUCGGCCGGCAGGAUGGGCGCAGGCGCAGAGAGCAACCCCGUGCUGCGGCAGCUGACUUGGCUCGAGGUGCAGGAGCGCGCUGGGGGUCGCGGGAUCGAGGAGCGCUGGCUGGUGAUUGACAGGAAGGUGUAUGACGUCACCAACUUCAGGCUGCGUCACCCCGGUGGACCGAGACUUCUGGCGCACUACGCUGGCCAGGACGCCACGCUCUCCCUGACGGAGGAUUUCCGCCGCCUGCGCGCUGUGGUCGAGGAGACAGGCCUCCUGCAGCCCCGCUGGCUCUUCUUCCUCGCGGCUCUAGCCCACAUCCUGCUGCUGGACGUGCUGGCUUGGCUCACCCUCUGGCUCGGAGGCGCCUCCUGGUGGGCCUUUGCUGUUACUGCGAUUCUACUGAGCACUGUGCAGGCCCAAGCUGGGUGGCUUCAGCAUGAUUUCGGUCACCUGUCCGUGUGCGGGACGUCCCGCUGGAACCACCUGUUUCACAGAUUCGUCAUUGGACACCUGAAGGGGGCUCCAGCGAGCUGGUGGAACCAUCUGCACUUCCAGCAUCACGCCAAGCCCAACUGCUACCGCAAGGACCCAGACAUCAGCAUGCACCCCCUGCUGUUCGCCCUGGGAAAGACGCUCUCCGUCGAGCUGGGAGCUCAGAAGAGGAAGUACAUGCCUUAUCAGUACCAGCACAAAUACUUCUUCUUCCUCGGUCCUCCAGCUCUGAUCCCUCUGUAUUUCCAGUGGUACAUCUUCUACUUUGUUGUGAGGCGUCACCAGUGGCAGGACCUGCUGUGGAUGCUGUCUUUCUAUGUUCGGUUCACAUUGUGCUACCUGCCCCUGCUUGGACUCCCGGCCUUCCUGGGUCUGUUUUUCCUGGUGAGGUUCCUAGAGAGUAACUGGUUUGUGUGGGUGACCCAGAUGAACCACAUCCCCAUGCACAUCGAUCGGGACCAGAACCGGGACUGGCUCACCAUGCAGGUCCAGGCAACCUGCAACGUGCACCAGUCCUUGUUCAACGAUUGGUUCACAGGACACCUCAACUUCCAGAUCGAGCACCACCUGUUUCCCACGAUGCCUCGCCACAGCUACGCCGCGGUGGCGCCCCUGGUGCGCUCGCUGUGCCAGCGCCACGGGCUGGAGUACACCAGCAAACCCCUGCUCACCGCCUUCGCCGACAUCGUGCGGUGAGUCCCCCUGC